AAACAAGCCAACAACCACCGGUGCAGAGCACCGCAUAGCGCAACGAAUCCCUAAGAGCUAACAAAACGAUGAUAAAUGCAAAGCGGAAUCGCGCCAACAUCAAACAUAACACAACUAAAAUGUUGGGCGCAUUGCAAGUGCUUGAGAAAAUAUCCCAAAACAAUGCUUUCAACAGCAAAAUAUUGGGAAAUAAAGUUGGUUUGUGUCUGUUGCUCGAGUUGUGACCGUUCUCAAGCAUUCGCAAGGUAUUUUUGUUCCAUGGAUUUGUGUCGCUUAGUUGCUUAAGUGGAACGAAACAUUAAAAACUUGUUAAUGUUCGCUUCGAACGACAGUCAACAACGAUUCGUACGCGUGAAUGGUUGUGUGGUGUAUUGAAUUUGGGAGUGAGGGCGCUUGCUUAUGUUGUUCUAUUGAACGCACAAGAAAUGCGACGAUUUUUUUAUGAGAAUUUUACAUACAAAACAAAAAUUAAUUAAUUUUACGUUUAACUUAAUUUUUGCGUUAAUUACUUUUAAUUGUUUUCACUUGAAUAGUGCUUUCGUUUAAUUGUUAUUAUUUCAUUUUUUAUAAAUUGUGCAAGUGCAAGUGUUGUUUUUUUAGUUUGUUUUUGAUUUCUUUGAAAAAGUAAAAAGAAGAAAAAAGAAAAAAGCGAAACAAAGCAAGAAAAUAAGAAGAAAAGAAUUUUUAUAUAAUUAUUAAAUUUUAAAUUAUUAUUUUGUUAAACACUAUAUGUACAUAUAAUAUAUAAAUAUAUAUAAAUAUAAUACAUAUAAAGUAUAUUUGAAAAACCAAAAGAAAAUAUGGUUAUUACCGCAACGACAUUAUCAACAACACCCACAACGGGUUCAACCUCUUCGACAUGUACCACACUAGAAAUGCAGCCUUCCCUACGUCAGCAUGCAAAUUCUAGUUCCCCAACACGCACACACACACACACAAGCACACGCACUUCUUCCAUACUAGACAGUCCAACUCUGGCACGUGUGGAACGUGCCCGUCUGAGAUUGGAGAUUUCGAAUAGUCAACAGCAAUUGCCGCCGCUCAACUAUUGCAACGGCAGUAGCAGCAGCAAUUGCAACAGCAACGCAACAACACUCAAUGGUGAAGGCAACUACUUUGACUACAACUCUUUAUACUCACAGCAAUCGCUGGUCUUAGGACGCAUGCCAAUAGUUGAUAUGCCAGGACUAUUUAAACGUGGUAUUCUUUGGCAACAACGAGAUCGAUUAUUUUCACGCUGGAAGGAGAGAUAUUUUGUGCUCACACGUGACUACCUCAAUUGCUUUAAAAAGGCCACUGGAAAUAACCGCCUUUCUGAUAUGGGAAAAUUUAUUUUUAAGAUAAAGCUGGUAGACAUCGAAAAAGUUGAAUGGUUAAAUCGUCGCUCCUACAGUAUUGUUAGAUUAUUCUUAGGCCGUGAGGGCUCUGUUUUAUUGCGUUGUAACAAUGGACUAGAGGAAUGGUUCGAGCUUUUGAAUGAAAGCACAAUUGCUUCAAAACAACGUCGACACGCACUGAAGCUAUCACAGAGUCCACGCUCACGUGCCUCUCUUGCAGUGCCCAUAUCACAUGCUACAUUAGAGAAGCAACAUUGUAUAUUGGGUGGUGACUACACUAGUGCUGUAGAAGAUUGGCGUAAUGCAUUAAAUGAGUGUUAUAAUUUUGGCGGCAAAUUGCAUAAUACUGGUACAAUUUCGAAUAGACCCAUGCUCUUCUCUGAUUCUGUGCCGGAUUUAAAUAUGCUGAAAAGUGAACAACUCUCUUAUAUGCGAACUACAAAUUUUAAGAAUCAAAUGACAGCACAAAAAAAUAUUAUGUCUUCUGCAGUUGUUGAUAAAAUCAUCAAUAGUGAAAACGAUACAAAAACACCUACUGGUACACGUAAAUUUGUGCCCGUUCAAAUGUGUGAUGAGGACUCAGAUCCUGAACUUGAAAACGUUCAGUUGCGUCGGCCUCAGUUGCAACACUACAGUAGCACUCAAAAUGGUUACAAAUUGGAUGAGAACUGGCAGUAUUGUAAGCCAAUGGCACCAACAGAAAAUAGACAUUCAGCACAUCCCAUACUGCCAGUUAACAAUAAUCGCAAACACACAUUUGUUAUCAAAUCUGACCUGUACGAUAGUGGAUUUGAGACCCCAACCGGAAGUACGAAACGCCCUUCCAGCUAUAGAGAGCUAACACAUGUAACUUCAUGUCCACGAAAUUCGAACAAAUUUAUGCAAGCCUCGCAGUAUCAAGCUUCCAAAGAUUCUUUGCGUCGUAGUUUACAACAUCCGAUUCCAACAGGCGAAACCCAUAAGAUACUACAAGAGCACUUCUUUAAAACUCACAAUGAUACACUUCAUUGCACGAAUAUGAGCAAGAUUAAUCAUUCCAAUUGCAGCGAUAACAAUGAGUCAACAGCUUUGCAUCAUAAUGAGGCAAUCACCAAAUCGACCUCUUCAAGCCGCAGAGCCUCAAUGAAAUCUGCUUUGAGCCGUCUAUUGCCGCUCUGAACAAUUGAAGUUAACCCUCUAAGGGCUUCAAGACAACUGUUAUAUUACUAUUAUUUAUUUUAUUCAUUAUUUAAAAAUGUUAUAUGCUAUAUGUGAACUAGACAUAUUGGUUAAUAUUAAAAGUUCUUACACGAAAUAUACAGCACAAAUUUCUUUGCGCUCUGAUAAUUAAGAAAUUUAAAAAAUUCACAAUUGUCUAAUAGACAAACAAUUUCAAACAUAUAUAUAUAUAUAUUGUGGAGAAAAAAUAAUUUAUGCUAUAUAAGAAAGCCGAUAUAAAAGUCAAUGUUAGUCAUGUAUGUAUGUAAUGAACUGUUCUAAAAAAUUCUCGGCCUAAAGUAUAUUUAAGUCUUGCCAAAUUUAUUGUAGAAUAUAAACUUGCAUAUCUUAUAAUAUAAUCUUGUUUAAAUUCGAUA